CAGUUGAAUGCAGCUUGAUGACAGCAGAAUACUAAGGUUGUAGAUUACUCUCGCUUGAAUUCUCCUUGACUGCGAAUAGACGAAAUCACAAAAAUGUACAAAAUCUGUUCAUUGAUAGUUCUGAGCAUUAUUGAACUGGUGGUAAGUUGAAAUAUUUGUCUGUUUACUGGCAGAGUUUAAUGAGUGACUUGCUUAGCUUUGUCUUAAAAGACACCUCUGACGCGCCCUGACAGUUUUUAAGUAUCGGCCGUAUUGGUCACAUAUCUUAACGACAUAAACAUGACAUAAACCCAAAACCUCCGAAUUGUAUUUUGUCUACAUGCUGUUUUUAAGUGAAAGCUUGAUGCACAUUGAUGUACACGUGUUGCACAUAAUUAUGACCAAGAAAAUCGAAAACUAUCAUGACUAAUCUGGUUAGAGACGCUUGUUGAUUGUGUCAUUCCUAUAGGCGUUUUAACAGUUACUGGUCUGCUUCUGAGACACACUUGUUGAUUGUGUCAUUCCUUAAAGCGUUUUAACAGUUGAAGCGAGCGAUUAAGGCCGUAACAGAACCCAUAAAAGCAUGACACUUCGGACAAUUGACAUCAUGCCUAUAAGUAAACGCGGACCUUUUUUCUCGCUGGAUCCUUCACAUGAGGAAAUACAGCGGCACCUAUACCCAGCUGAUGUAAAGAUCCAAAGGGAAUAUUAGCUCAGAACUAAUGCGCUGUGGAGAAAUCUGCGAAUGAAGUGCCUGAUCUUAAAUAUGGCCGAGAAAUCCUUGGGUAACGGCUAAUCACUGGGAAGUUCCGCCCGAAAGAGAUGCCUCUCUUUGGCUUCCAGUGUACAAUAUAUUUAGUGUAUACAAGGGAAUUCCGUCCCGACCGGUUGAAUUAUAUGAAUGGGUUGGGAAAUGGCUGUAGGUUAGGUAUUCAAAAGGACUAUUAGGGAGUUAAAAUGUUUCGAAUAGAUUAUGGUUGAAGCAUUGUAAGGUAUACCACAGCGGUAUAACUUUUCUACAAUGGUAUGCAUAAAAGGCUAAGGGGUCGGAAUUCGGAGCUCCGGAGGAGCCUUCUCCCUGCCCCCGCUCCGCUUAGCCCCGGGUAGAAAACGCUCAAAUCAACCCUUACUUAAUUCUACUUCUGCUCUCGCAAAACUUCUUAAUCUCUAAUGAAUGGAGCGACGAAAUAAAUGUUUUUUUUAUAUACCCUCAUAGCCUGGGAAAACAUCCGUUUCUCCUCGCCCUUCGCCACGGGGACGUUUCGCGCAGACGUUCCUCCGCGCGAAACGUCCCCAGCGGCGAAGAGCGUGGAGAAACGGAUGUUUUCGCAGGCUAAUACCCUCAUCAAGGUUCAUGAUCUUGUUUGUAAAACCGAAAACACAUCACCAAGAAACCAAUUUCAUUUCAAGACUAAAGAAUCAUGUUAUAAACAAGCCCUUGCCAAGACCGAUGACAAAUGCAAAUUAUUCUUUCGCGCCCUUUGUAUGAGACUAAAGGAAAUGACAAAGGGAAAUUAACAUAAGCAUUCUUUGUUUUUCAUUGGACGAAAUGUUUCGUAGCCUUCUAAUGGAAGGACCAGGUUAAAAGUAGUUUCUUACUUAGUGAUAACUACGUGCACAAGCUUCGUGUAUUUUUAAAGAACUAAUGAUGAUGCAGCAUUCUUGGAGGUUAGCAUCACAUGUUAACCACUUAGAAGAAGGAUUAGAGUGAUCAUGCCAGUGAUGGGGUCAUUACGUAAUAAAUGUUUUUCAUUUCAAGGACAAAUUUUAAAAUAAAGAACCAUUCUAAUUUUCUUAGGGCCCACAAAAAUCUAAUUAACACAAACGACGGAAAAAAAGUACCCCCAAAAACUUAAUUUAAACAAACAACGGGAAAAGUUUAAUUUACAAACAAACAAGCAUUGCUGGCUGGAGGUAUUUAAACCUGGGCCGUUUUCCUCAUAAGUAUGGAAAUUUCGAAACUCAAGGGAAAAAAUCAAAAGGGAAUUUCCCUUAAAUUCGUAUUUUCAUUGGGCGAAGAAGUCUGUGGAAUAUAUAAAAGCGCAUGAACGUGCUUCGCGAUAAAAUAGGUGCAGACGAAUUGGUGUAACCAUCCAGAUAACGUUUAGUUGGCGACGAGAUCGUGUUAGUAUUCUCCACAGGCAUUAAAAUCAUGGUUGUCAUUUUAAUCUUUAUUCUCGGAAUUGAAGCUCAAGUGGUAAGUUUAUGUUUUCAAUAUUAUUCGACCAGACACAACUCGGGCAAGUGUUAUUUUCAGUUCCACUGAGCGACAACCAAGAAAGAUAAAGGGGAAUUUUUCUACGCCCUCGGCCCGCGAGCAGGCUCACUCUGCGUUCAGUUUAGUUUCACACGCUCUUCGUCUCUUUAGAUGUGGAGUUUAAGAGCGGCUCCGCGUAAUUAUCAACUAGACGCGGAAAAAGUCAAAAAAUUACCUGGCCUCAAACUCAGCCAGAAUAAAGCCUAUGGGCCCUACUUACAAAAUCGUUGGUUUAAGUACGAUCGAGUGAAUAAUAUUUUUUUUAACGAAUUUUUUACUUCCAUAGGCCUAAAAUGGGCAACAAUAAUCAUGCGAAAUUUUUACAAUCUUUCCUCUGUAAUUUUGACUGAUUGUUCUCGAUUUGGUCAACAAGAGAUUUUUAAAGAAAUUUUCAAAGUUGUUGACUCAAAAUCGCUUAAUCAACCGUCAAAGUUUAGCACUUUUUCAAUAGGUAAAAAAGCCGUUUGGUACAUGGCUUUCAACACCAAGGCUUGUUUAGCCUGAAAGAGCAUUUUUUUUCUUCACACUAGCGAAAUAAAAGUUUUGGGUGAAAGAAAUCACGAGCGCUGACAAAAGGAAGCAAAUGUAAAUGUUACACUAACAACGGGCGAACAAACGUGACGUCUGACCCAAGCACAACCAAAUGCGAUUUACGGUAGGCGCCAAACCUAGAACCUAUAGGUUUUUUAAAAUAAAGCUGAGUUAAAGCAUUAAGUGUCAAAAAGUCCACAAAGAGGUAAAAAAUACAACAAAAGUCACGAGUAAUCUGUUCCGUUUUCUGAAUUCUAUGCAGCUAUUUAUGCGAUUUAAUGAAUUAACAAUUUUUCAUCCAACGAUACCCACCUGACUGUGUUAGUUGAAGAGUCCAUAAAACUUCUCAGAAGGUUCCUCGGAAAGACCUCCAGAAGGAAGCGAAUGAAGAAUUUGAACUUAUAACUGUUACAAUUUCGUUUUGCCUCGGCAAAACGAAAACAACUGUCGAACCGCCACGGGCAAACCAGCUUCAGUGCAGUCAUACAAAGUAAAACUAUGUUACGCCACGUAAUUCUGACCCGCACGUUUGGGAAGGAGGGAAGACAUUCGUCUACGCUGUGCGCUAAAACAUUUAUGAAAUAAAACUAGCUUUGGACUGUUUCAUUUUUGCCCUCGCUUGAGGGCAAAGGUGCCUCUUCCGCCGAUACAAUCUUGGACUUGAUAAGCAGACGUUUUACUGGGAUUCGUAAUUCCUCCUUCACCUCAAACGAAAACUGAGAAUUAUUUUUUCCCCUUUGAUCUCAGCAACGUUAGCCUCAAUUUUCUGAUUUGCCCUUCCCUUUAUUUACAGACUGGUAUAAAUGACACAUAUCUUGGUCUCAGGUAAGGGAAGAAAUAUGGGGAAAUAUGAUUCCCCUUAAAAUGCCACCAAAGGAGGCUAAAUGUUUCCUUGCUUAUAGGUCAAAUUCGCCCUAGCCUGCGUUGUAGCAAUUCGUAUUUCCUGUCAGGUGGAACUUGUGGAAGGCACAAGUGUAAUAACUGGACCCAAGUGUAAUAAAGGUCUCAUCUCUAACGACUGAGAUAAUAUGAGACAUGCCCACAACAGCCUAACAUCACGGUUCAUGUGACCAAACAGAACUAGAAAAAAUCAAAGGCUCCUAGGAGCGAGCUCAUGGAUGAAUUGAAUUAGUGUAGAAAAGACAGUUCAAUAAGCAAAGAAAAACAUAUAAAUCUUUUUGAACGGUUCAUUGUGUACUUGCCAAAAUACAGCGUGACUCGAAGUAUCCCAUUGCAUGUGUACCUGAAUAUUCUAGAAACUUUUUAUCAGCGCAGCAUUUCUACUUACAAAAAAAAGAUCACUUUUAAAAGCAAUUAUUAACGCUUCUAGUUGUAAAAUAGUUUGCUUUCUCAUGUGAUUGUCAAACACUUUCCGAACGACAGUGCACUUUCUUGUAAAAUAGUCAAGUUUCAAAUACAUGAGUUUAAUUUAAACCGUGGUUUUAAAAGUGCGAUGCUUUCAAAUAAAUGUUUCCAUAUGAUGAGUACGUAACGGUUAGUAUAUGCACAGGCAGCCCAAGCGCACUACUUGUGGGUUCGGGCUUCAGAGGUCAUUUGGUCGAUAAUACACUAAUAAUUCUAGUAUAUUCCGACCAAAUGACCUCUGAAGCCCGAACCCACAAAUAGUGCGCUUGGGCUGCCUGUGGUAUAUGCAGUGCGAGCUCUAUUAAGUACAGAAUACAGGCGUUUAUGGCUAAAUUGAACUGCUUUAGAACGCGCUUUUGAUAUUAACUCGAGCUAAAAAUUAUUUUAAUACAUGUAAAACGGAUUAAGCUCAAAGCAGUGCUCUGACCUAGCCAAGUAAUUUAAACGCAGUCGAACUAUCCGAUUGCCUUUCGCCAGAGACGUGUUUAUACGCAGCAUUUCUUGAAGAAAUUACAUUAAUAGCACUGCUAAAUGGAAUGACCGACAAACAAAAGCCUACUUUAAGGCAAAGAUCACCUAAGAAUUCAAGCAAAAUAGCGUAACGCUUGUUGGUUCUAAAACCUGUGCUUGACUUCUAGUUGACACAACAUUAAUUAAUUCAUUCCCUGUUUGCAUACGAAGACAAAUGGUCAAACCGAUUCGUCCAAAUAACUGAAUAAACCUCAACAGAUACUCCUCAAUGUCGCUUUAACAAUUCGAGGACAGUUUUUUUGCAUUGAUUAUAAGGCUCUUUGGCUUAUUCGCUUUUCGCUGAACGAAAUCCCAUCGUCAGGCUGCAAUAGCUCUUUCACACUCCUGUUGAUCGCAUCUUCGCUCCAGAACAAAUAAAUAUGUCAUUCCCGUUCGCUUAUAUAAAAUGUCAGGCUAAACAAUUUUACACCCAGUGGACUGAUUUUUUUUCCUUGUCUUCUAGCUAACAUUAUCUGUUAUAUGUACUAUUUCACCGCUUAAAUCAUCUUGUCAAAAACAAGUCAUUUCCAUGUUUGUUGUGUCAUUUGUUUUGAGAUCCGCAUCCGCCCUUUAGUUGUGAUCUAGACCUAGACUGCAUUUCCGCCGCUCUCUCGGGGGAUCAAUUUUUUCCAUAGCAUAAAUCUGGCUUCUUGCUGGGGAUUAAAAUGAGCGAUUUUCAGGACUGCACAGGAGGUCGUGCCUUCGAAAUACUAGUGAAACAACACCCAGAGAUGUCACUGUUUGUAAACCUCGUUGCCGAUAAACAACAAUAACCUGUAACAAUUCCCUGUUUUUCUCUGACACUAAGGUAGACAUUGCGAUGCCUAGUCCCCGUUCCCCGUCCGCCCACUCAAUCUCGGUGAAGGCAUUCGGGUGGCGUAACUGAGAAAAAACUUGCUCGGUCCACGUGACCCGAAACGCAUUAGCCGCGCUGAAUAAUGAGGCCUAUGUACAAGAACGGCAGACUGCUCAGUCUUUCUGUACAGUCCUUCGUUAUCAAUAAAAACACUAGACACGGGAAUUUUGUUAUUGGCCGUUUUCAAACUAGAGCUAGAAAUGGAUUAUUCGUCUGAGACUGGCCUGUGUACAGUCGCCCCUUCCCCCACAGACACCCCCUCUCCAUUUUUUCUGAGGGGAGGGGUCGGCUGUACACAGGCUUUCUGAAACGGAUAAUCCAGCUUCAAACUGUCCGUCAAAAUUGACGGAUAAAAUCAGGCGGAUUGGUCAUUCAAAAUUAAAACCCUUUCAGGAGCCCAUCAAAUUUGAUAGGCUCCUGACCCUUUCCAUUUCAAAUUAAGACGUAUUACCUAUCUGACGCGAAUUAUCAAACGGAUAACCCAUCUCACACGAAUCGAAUAAUCCGUCUCUAGUAUGAAAACGGUCAUUUCUGUUAUAAAUGAUCCCCCCCCCCCCCCCGCCUUGAGUUGGGCGUUCGCGUGUCUGCUUUUGCUUUUUCACAAAGAUUUUUUUAAAUUGACUAUUGACAUUUUGUAUGCGUAAAGUAAUAUUGGAAAUGGAAUACUGUAUAAAUGUAUGAUCUAUCAAAUGUUAAAAUUUUUCAAAAGAAAAACUUCAUUUUUGCCCGAGAUGAUCCUAAGACCUUUAUUUUGCUCUGAAGAUACAAAAAAUACAGGUUUAUUAAUAUUUGAUUCUCUCUUGUUUAUGCGCGCUACCAAACAGGUCAAGUAGAGUCGAGGUCAAUACCACACGGACUGUACGUAUUGAUAUGCGUCCGUAGCGAAGAAAUAUAUUGCAUGUGCUCCGAAAUAUAACGUGUUUUUCUUCAUCUUAUGACCACUCAUUGCUCGUAAUAAAUACAUCUAUUUUAAUUUAGUUUUUAAUCGUCUAGAGGCUAGCGGGAUAAUUCAGUAUUGCGAAAAACGACUAAGCCUCUGCUGAAGGCAGAAAACUCAGAAAACCAUGAACACAAUUCAAGCCUAUUUGUACUACCAUAAAUUUCGGGUAGGUGUAUGCUGCCCAAGGUCUUAACAAGGUAACAUACAGGUGCUAACACUGCAAGAUAAGGGAAGGUACGUUUUUUACGGGGUGGGGGAGGGGGUUCGAAAGGGAGGGUCCUUAGUAAAUUUUUACAAAUUGGGGAGGGUCGAACCUAUUUUAUUCUCAAACGGGGGAGGGUCACAGUUUUUUUGGCAAUGAAAAAAUUACUCCAUGUCGCUUCUAUUUUGUAUAUACAAGCAAAGCUAACAGUCAAGAUUAAUCUAAAUUAUUUACAGGCGUCCAAAAAUUUAUAGAUCAAAAAACUAUCUUCUUCCAACUAACAUAAUUGUCUCUCUCAACCCGUGUCCGCUUUCGCCUAUAAUUUGAUGUUUCCGAGCAGGGUUCUGGUAUAAAAUCAGUCUCCGGUGAGGAUUGUUCACUUCAGCUACUCGGGCUUGAACCGACAACUCCGGGAACCACCCUAGGUCUUCAUCUUUCCACUUUUCUGGACAUGCACUUUCACUUGUUCCCGCAGCCGAUGUGCCACCAACAGAGUCAGAGGAGUAGCGGGCAUCCUUUUUAGAAUGGCGAGUCGGCAAACAGCCACAAUAGCCACAAGUUGCUCCAUCUGACCCAUCUUUCUAUUCUUCGUACAUCAUUGCCAAUUUUCAAGUUUUCACCGUACAAUCACACGCCACGCAAUUAACUACUUUGUGCGCAGAUGAACGCGGUUAUGUGAGUAACACUUCCAGUUUGUUUUUUUCAGUUUCGGUUAUUUUUGUCUUGGAUAGGUAGGGGGGAGGGUCAGAUGUUUUUGUUUGGGUAUUUCUGAAGGGUCAUGCAUUAAUCCAUUCCAGGAAGUGGGAGGGUGUAGAAGGCCUAAAUGUAAUAAACGGUCCUAAAUGUAAUAAAGUCCUAAAUGUAAUAACAAUUUGCCCUAAAUUUAAUAAACUCUUAAGUUGCCAAUUACAGUAAUUACUCGAAUAAGCCCCGCCCUCAAAUAAGCGCCGCAUUUGGGGGGCGUUGGGGAGUUAAUUAGCGCCGCGGCGCUUAUUCGAGUAAAUAUGGUACUAAGCGGUAUUGCUAUGGUAUUAAGCUCCGCCCUCAAAUAAGCGCCGCAUUUGGGGCGUUGGGGAGUUCAUUAGCGCCGCAGCGCUUAUUAACUUUUUUCUCCAAAAAUGCGGCGCUUAUUUGAGAGCGGAGCUUAAUACCAUAGCAAUACCGCUUAGUACCGUAUUUACUCGAAUAAGCGCCGCGGCGCUAAUUAACUCCCCAACGCCCAAAUGCGGCGCUUAUUUGAGAGCGGAGCUUAAUACCAUAGCAAUACUGCUUAGUACCAUAUUUACUCGAAUAAGCGCCGCGGCGCUAAUUAACUCCCCAACGCCCCCCAAAUGCGGCGCUUAUUUGAGGGCGGAGCUUUUCGAGUAAUUACUGUAAUUGGCAGCUUAAGAGUUUAUUACAUUUAGGGCAAAUUGUUAUUACAUUUAGGACCGUUUAUUACAUUUAGGCCCCCAAGUGAAAAACGUACCUUCCAUAUCGGUUCGGCUCGAUUACCACUAUUCGGGAAAUUACUCCACGCUCCUCUGAACAAACGGUCGUCUGUUCUUUGGGAGGACCUAGAGAACGGCGAAAAUCAAGCCUACAUAACGUUAGGGCAUGCUAUCGAGAAAAAAUCAAAAAUCUCUCAUUUUGUCUUUAAAGGUCGUCUUGAACGGUGAAUUGGCCCUUACAAACUGAAUCAAAAUCUUACUUUGUCCAAUUUCAUAUUCUCUUCCAGUUGGCUACAACGUCAACUAGCUGUCCGUCCGCCCAUCAUUAUUGGAAUGGUACGUCAUGUAUCUUAUGCACCAAGUGUGGGCCAGGGUACGGAGUGAAAACUAAAUGUGGCGAAAAGCAAGACACAGAGUGUCAAGAGUGUUGGCCUGGAUACGAUUGGUCGAAUAACACGAGUAUGGAGAAGUGUAUGGAGUAAGUUAAUCUACACGCAGUAGCUGUGCUUGUGGUUUACUUUCGAAAAAUAAGAGUUAAUAAAAUUAAUAGACCUCUUUAGCUUUUAUGUUUAAAGGCCUCAGGGGAAUUCCCCGUUUGACUUUUCCCAAAUUAUGAGUGCAUAUUCCGGAGUAGUCAAUCGAUAAAAAUCGGUAGCAAUCAAGUGAUUUUUAUCGAUUGAUAACGGAAAUCGGUGAAAAUCGAUAAACUGAAUUGCUGUGUCAAAUCGAUAUUAUCGAUUUUUCAUUGUUUUUAACGAUUUAUAACGAAAGUCCGCCAUUGUUGUGUUUUGGCAUGAGUUAUAUAGUACAGCUAAGAACACAUCCACGAGUAACAACUGAACAGCAAACAUGAAAAUGAGGGAUGUGGUUACAAACAGAACUUUCUCUCUAAAACCCAAUUACAUUCAUUUCUCGCAGGCAAGAAUCAUGAGAAAUCCAUCCUUAGAUAAACAUUUCCUAGCCUAAAUUUCAGACAUUCCUUCUAGUCGGAAUUCAGACGAAAAGAGCGGUGAGUUUCGUCGAUAGAUUUCCACUGUUUUCCGAUAUCAAUCGAUAAAAAUUACUUGAAUUGAAUCCGGGGUGUAACUGCGACGGGAUCUACACCGAUGUCAUUUUGAAAGUGUGGUAGAUCUAAAUUCUGAAAAACUGAGCGCUUUCAGACCUGACCAAUAUCAGACAUCAGGAAAAGAUUUUAAACCUGGUUUUAAAGAAAGGAUAAGAUCUUUGUAGAGAUUUCUUUAUAAGUGAUAAUGUUUGAUAAACAAUAUAGUGAUAAAUAAAAAUCUUUGAUCCUUUGCCUUUCAAUUGCCACUCAGUUGUCGAUAAAUCACGGUUUGCAUAAAUUCUGUUUUAAUUUUUGGAUGAACAGAUGAACAGACUGAUGUUUCUUCCGAUAUGAAUCAAUGAAAUCGGUAAAAAUCAAGAUAAAUCGAUAAACGAAACGAGUGUGUCAUCGAUUUCUACCGAUCGAUCGAUACAAUAGAUAUCAAUCAAAUCAGAUUUACCGAUUUUUAUUGAUUUUUCUAUUGACAAAUCGAUACCGAUUUUUAUCGAUUGACUACUCUUGGACACAUGCACGGAAAUAUAAAAUGAAUUUGAAUGAAAUAGUCCUCUAGAUUAUUAUCACAUGACCUACAUCGGGAAAACAAAACAUACAAGCUAAAAAGGUCUAUUGUUGGCGCACUGGUAGGUUCGCAAUUGAACGCUGUCUCAAAGUCAACGCCGCUCACAAAAUGAUAGGUGAACAUUGGCCUUAGAGGAAGAUUACUAGAAUCAUGAUUUUUUUUUGGACAGUUGGACAUUUUAAGGUUGAGUUUUUUAAUAGAUAGCUGUUGUAUCGAGUUGUGUCUGUAAUAUUUGAAAGUUUUCAUUGUUUAAUGGCUGAAAUUGAAGCUAAAAAAAAGGUCUUCAGUCCACACUUUAGAUUAAAUGGUAACGUCGAUGUGGGUGAGCACAACGCAAACAAAAUAAACUCAAAGUUAGCAAAAGUUUCUUCGUUUAUCAUGUUUAACAAACUAGUUUCACAAAUAGAACUAAUUUACAGGAAAGAUGAAAGCAUAGGUGCAAAAAAGAUGAUAAUUAAAUGGUUUGUAAUUCUUUGUCGGAAAACAAAAAUUUAAAAAUAUAUCGAAGAGUUAUGAUUUGUAAAAUUAUGCUCUCCUGUUUUUUUUUUUUUUUAAACAGUUGGACAUUUUUAGGUUGUGUUAUUUAAUUGAUCGGUGUUGUGUCCCCAGUAUGGCAGCGCAAUUUGGGGCAGUUUUAGAUUUAUGAAAAUGACACUGAGCCAAUAAAGGAAGCUGUAUUAGUGUCCUUAAAACAGUCCCACAGUGCCGUUCGACACAACAAUAGCUCAGUCUCUGGCUCAGCCACAAACUGGCCAAUAAAACAAACCUCAUAAAAAGCAUCCCUCUCUCUCUCUCCUUCCCCACCCACUUCUUUAUCCCCUCCCCAUCCCCAUCCCCCUCCACAUCCCCUCGACAUCCCUCCACACAAACACGCUCUGAAAGUGCCCAUUACUUUUGUAAGAAAUAAUAACAAACUUUUUUUCCCACGCGACAGCUGUGUAAAUGAAGUCUCGGAAUGCCUGGAAGGAAACUUCAAGAUUAUUCGCAACUGCACAACAACUUCCCCGACAAAGUGCAAAGGCUGUGCGGAGGGGCAUUACUUCGAUCCAGGUUACGGAGAACAUGGAGGAUGUAUUCGUUGUUCAAAGCCAUGUGGUAUUUUUCAAAAAGAGACAAGGAAAUGCGAAACUGCGCAUGAUCGUUUAUGCACCGCACGGAAACUAAUUGACAUUUUGGGAAAAAGUAAGCCUAUUAAACCUAGAGCUCUAAAAAUGCCAGGCCACCUCAGGCCUUAUGUCUUAUUAUUCUUUAUUUCCUAUUUUAAUUUAUUUGUUUAUUUAUUUCCUAUUGAUGUCAAGUGUGAAAACUUACUCCUUAGUUUUGGUUCAAUUUAUUUGUUUAGGAUAAUUCAUAAAAGUUUCUCAAUUUAUCACUGUAAAGGUUGGGGUUCGGGGUACAUUGCUCGUUUCACUUCUCGUCUUCUGAUUUAUAAAAAACCCUAUAGGGAGCUUCAGGUGGAGUCAAGAAAACUAUACUAAAUAUGUUUAUUUCUUGCUUUUGCGGUUGUUGUUGUUCUCACUCUUGGUUCUUCUAUUUUUAUUAUUUUUUAUUUAUUUAUUUACUUUUUAAAUUUUCAAGUAGUGUGUGCGUCAGUGAACAACUUUUGUAGGGUUUUAUCAUUUUAUUCACGUUGGUUUCAUCUGGGCGAAUGGGCGGAAAAGGGUUUUUCCCUUCAAUUCAAGUUGAUUUCACGCAUCUCUGAAUUGACUCGAGUAUCAUUUGCGCCCGAGCAAGAUGUUACUAGCCCCGAUUUUACACCUCUUGUAACGCUAAACUUACGGUCGGAUAUCCAUUUCAAAACUUUGUCCUGGUAUCAAUGCAAAAGAAAAGCCACGUAGAAGAUCACUGCCAAAGGCUGUGCAUCUGUAAAUGUCAACUUUUAAAACUGAUGGGGAAUAGUCAGUACAAUAUAAAAUCGAUCAGAUGAACUGGUCGAGCAAGUGAUUUCCUUCCUUUUUAGUUUUCGUCUGUUUUGUUUUAUUUUGUUUUUACAAUCAACUUUCUUUCUUUUCGUAAAUUUAUUCAUAUAUUUUGCCACAACGAUAAUAUUACAAUGUGGAGAAAAAAUGUCCCGGGUUGGAAAGAUCAUCACCGGCCUAUACCUGAGCUACCCUGGGCAAGCCAACUUUUCAAACAUUUCCUUACAAAGCGAGGCGAGCCGUUUACAUGAGAGACAAAAAGUUGGCCUGGCCAGAAUGGUGAUCUGCCUUGCUUUGUCACCCUUUUUCGAUGGUAAGUUCAACCUUCUAGCCCGGCCAACUUUCCUUUCUAUAAACCCCUUUGCUCAUCCAGCCGGGUCAACUCUGUCCAGACGAACGCUAUUUUAGACAAUCAGAGCAUAGGCGAGCGCUGUUGAGUCGGGCAAAGAAUUAAGUCACCUUUUUUUUUUCCCUAAAAGACACAUAAUCACUUUUUCUUCAUAUGAGCAAAGCCUAAGAACAUUUUUUUUUUACAAAAGUUAACGUUCAAAAAGAACGACAUUUCGACCGUCCGACGGUCAUUUUCAAGUUCAGGAUAAGAAGUAGAAAUUAGCUAGUGAGUCAGUAUCUAGAAGUAUCUCAUUAGUCUAUUCACACUUGUGUAUGACCAAAUGCUAAUUUUUAAUUUAUUUCGUAUCCUGAGCUUGAAAAUGACCGUCGAAGGGUCCCAAGUCGUUCUUUUUUAACGUUAACUUUUAUGGUUAAUUCAAUUCCAAAAAAAUUAUGUUUAAAAACAUUUGUCAAUUUUAUGCGAGCAUAUUUAACAAUUCUUCUUUGAAAUCGAGGUGAAUCGUGGCUUAAUAUUUACCGAGCCGCGAAAGCGGCGAGGUAAAUAUUCCCAAAGCCACUAUUCACCGAGAUUGAAAAGAAUAAUUGUUUUAGUAUAUACACACGAUGUGAUCUCAACAAAAUCAGAGAGGAAACCAUUAAAAAGUACGAUUUGAUUGACAGAUCAAAUCACGCGUAAGUUUAAAAAUAGAUCUUUGCAUAAUUUUAUCAUUUCGCAAACAACGGCGUAAUGGCUUAAAUGGAACCGCUAAAAGUUUGAAUUGUUUCCUUACCUGAGAAGAAAGGUAGAGCUUUGUUGUUUUCUGUUGACUCGCUAAGUUUAUAGCCAAAAGGGUUUGUUGUGUCGUUCUUCGCAUGAAGUGCUGGCAAAAAUAGCGGCUCGGUUGCUCGAGGUAAGACGUCGUCUUUCUCUAUCAUUCUUUUCCAGUUUACUUGAAACGUAGAAUUUCUGCAAACAUUUCCUUUUAACUUUGUUUGUCAUAAAUAAACUUCGAUUUUUGGGCCAAAAUUUUCUUGUUAAAAAACGCUGAGUUCUCGAAACGGCUUCUUCUACGCGAAUACACGGCAGUUGUAAACAAUCCAUUGAGAGCUAUUGAGCACAAAACUCAGCUACAGCAAAUUGAAAAACGCUGUAUUGAAUCCUUCCAAGUCUUUUCUUGCUUUAAAAAAAGUCAGCCCUAGGAUUUUGUCGACUUUUAAAAGAUUAUUCUUUAAAAAAAGUGGGAAAAACACCGAGCUCACACAUUAUCCACUCGCCAGGAGGUGAAUAUUUAACAGUUAAUGAAGGAGCCGGAGUAUCUUAUGAAGAAUUAUGGAGAUCGAGGAGGGUGUUAUCCGUCGAGGCCGUAGGCCGAGGCGGAUAUCACCCCCGAGAUCUCCAUAAUUCUUCAUAUGAUACGAAAGCCGAAUUCAAUAACUGUUUUAUUAUUCAUUCAAAAUAAUUCCUAGUUUAAAAACAUAGCUAAAACAUGCUUACCUCCAUCGAUCCAUCGAUGUUCAGUUCAUCUUCGAUAGUGCACGUUUAGGUUUGUCCAGCUCCACAAAUAUUCUCCAAAUAGCAGAUGUCGCCCUUCGAGUUGUCUUCUUGCUGUUCUGGCCAUGUUUCUACCUAUUUUUUCGCGUAGUUCUUACUCUUGAAACGAGUGAAAUGUCCGCCAUUUUUUCAAGUUCACAACCAAAACAAUUCAACCUCGUCCCCAGGUUUUCUCGGUUAACGGUGCCUUAACCUGCGAAAACGCUGCAUUUUUGACGUCAUUUCCUCGUUAAAGUCAAAAUUCUUCCAAAUUUGGUCAUCAGUAACUGGUUAUGGUGAAUUGAACGUGUGCUUUUAGCCAAUCAGAAUCAGGGAAAUGUUUUGAAUGAAUAAUAAUGUUGAAUAGUCUGAGAUAGCGAACCCCAGAUUGCUUAAAUCACCAAGAUCACUGAGUGUGUAUAUACUGAUAAUAAUUAUGUUAAAUAAACGAGUUUAGUGCUGUUUUUUUCCUCCAGAGAGAGGAGCAGGUUGACUAACCAUGUCCACCUAUCUAUCUUUACAGCCACUACUCCUGUCCCAGGACAGACUACAAAUAUUCCAAGUGAGUAUAUUAAUAAUUAUGACAAAUAAACGCGUUAAGUUUUGUUUUAAAGGAGCCAGGAGAGGACAGGUUCACUGACCAUGUCCACCGAUCUAUCUUUACAGCCUCUACUCCUGUCCAAGAACAGACUACAAACAGUUCAAGUAGCAGCUCUUCCCCAAAUGCAGUCACAGUGACAAAACUUCCCGCACAAGAGAACGUAAAGAAUGAUGUACCCGAGAAAGCAACGGGGGAAAACAAGCUAUUGUUUUUGUUGUUCCUCCUUUUUGCCUUGAUCCCAAUAAUAGGAAUUGCUGUAUUCUGUUGCAAAAGACGAAAGAGUCGGAGGCCUGAGAAAAAGGAUGCCAGAAAGGUUGAACAGACCUGUCCUCUGAUGUCACGUAGAUCACGUAAGUUACUGAUUUAAGCGUCAGAAUUUAGUUUCUAUGGUCUUAGUAUUAGAAACUACAGAAGUAGAGAGAACUCUAUUCUUAUUCCUGCAAUGUAAAAUGCAAGGGGUAACGACCAUAAGUCAUUAAUUAAACUUCUUAACAGACGAAUCAGUACGUUAUGCUUGUACUAAUGCUCUGAAGAACCAAGUCCAAGAUAUCAACCUCCCCAUCCAUGACACUAUCACCAGUCAAUCACUCUCCUCGAGUUAAGAUUUAUCAGUCAGAGCAAUGUUUUUUUCACUGGGCUAGCCCGCAGGAAAAUUUCGCAGCCUGCGUAGCUAGUGGAAUUGUUUUUGGCGCCUGUGAAAGUUUUGGCGGCAAAGCCGGCGCCAAUGCAUGCAUGAAGGAAGCGACUGCCGAAGGCGCGAGGAAAUUCAGAGCGUCUCCUCCCGAUUCUUUGCAAGGCUUCGUAGCUCCUACUAACGAUCCCCCAGCUACGCAGGCUAAGAAAAUUCCUCUGAGUUUGAGUUGAUUUCUCACUUGAAACUCUUAUCAAAUUGUCAACAACAUUUCGUAUUAACUCGAUAUUCUUCAUCCCUAUUAUAAGUAUAUGUAUGCAUUAGCUUAUUUAUGUGUUCAGGUGGGCUAGUUUUUUUUUUUCUCCAGGUGGCUUAGAUACGUUGGUCCGAGAUCUAGUUGUUGAGGAUAGGCGGAAAAUCUCAAGUUGGCUUAAUGAAAAAGGCACAGAUGGUAAACUGCAAGUUUUCUUAGUCUUUAAUUUGUUUUAUGCGAAUAACAGGCGAAUUGAAACCAUUCAUGGAAAGCUUGAACGAAAUUUUUCGGAGGUAAAAAAUAGGCCAUUUCCAAGUUCAAAAACCCUUACUUACAAAACGAGGCUAAGAGCAAAACCUCUCUUGUGAAAAUGAGUUUUAUUUGUGGGAGAAUGUAAAAAUCAUUUUCAUGUAUAGCUUCUCUCGCACUUAGCCUCACUUUGAAACAGAGGCUUGGAACAACUCUGAAAUAGCCUACUGGCUCUAAUUUAUAGGAAACUGGCUAUGUUCUGUGUUCUUGGUGCCUCCGCUAAGAUCUCAAUCUGUCAAGCCGUUUUACAGCCACUUUGCUUUUUCUCGUGUCCUCCUCCCAUUAUCUGGAGACUACGCUUCCUACGUCAACUAUUUGUGUUCUCUAAUACAAUUUAAACAACUUAAAGCAUGUGUGCCUCUUUACUCCCAAGGGCUUCCCAGAAAAACAUUAGUCGAUGAGGAAAGACAGCUGCCAUCAAGUUUCUUUUGAAUGGUCACACAUCAGGAUUUCAUCCAAAGAAUCAAAAUUUGGAACCAUACACUUUGUAGAGCGUAAUAAUCAGUAUCACAGGAAAGUACUGCUCAGUAGCUUUCAUUUGAAUGGUCACACCAUAGGAUUUCAUCGAUAUCCAAAGCGCUAGUGAACAUUACCACAGGAAAGAAGUGCUUUCAUUUUAGUGUUUAAACUUAACGAUUUUUCAGUUUCGUUCACAGGCUUAAAAGUUAGAACCAUUCUGAAUAGUAUUAUAAUCCAGUAGCGUUCAUCUCAGGCUUCUGUCCACAGUUUUUUUGGAAGUAAAUAAAUGGGUCUAUGGAAAUUUGAUGGGUUGAUGAGUUAUAACAAUUACAUUUUUGUUCUUUGUCAAUUUAGGUUAUUACCACUACCAAUUAGUUUCAGAAAACCUGGGAUUCUUACAAGAAAGUCGACAAUGGAGUCGAUUUGACAACCCUGCAGAGAAAUUUCUUACCGCUUUUGGGGAAAAGGAAAAUGGCACCAUUUUAAAGUUAGUCGACGCUUCAAAGCAGGUGGGGCUGACUCUCUUUGCCAGAAAACUGGAAGAGAAAUUCGGCCAAACAAACCAAAGCAGGGAAGAAAAUGAAGAGGACGAAGGAAGAAUCUGCCGUGUGGUAUAA